GAGAACAUAGCGGGCAUACAUAGAUAGAGGGGGCGGACGACCGGUGCCCUUCAUCAUUGUAGCACAAUUUUAUACUGUCGGUGGUCUGUUGUAAUAUUUCAACGAACGGGACUGGGAUAGAUACUGAACCGCUGUGAAAAUGGCGCAGCCAGACAGCAAGAAGAUCUUCUUUGAGAACCUGUCGGGAGCGGGGAAAGCCAUAGCAGUGCUGACGAGCGGAGGGGAUGCUCAAGGGAUGAAUGCUGCUGUACGUGCUGUGGUUCGAAUGGGGUUAUAUGUGGGUGCAAAAGUUUAUUUCAUUCAUGAGGGAUAUCAGGGUAUGGUGGACGGUGGAGAGAACAUAAGGGAAGCCACAUGGGAAAGUGUCUCCAGCAUGCUACAAGUGGGUGGGACUGUUAUUGGCAGUGCGCGCUGCAAAGAGUUUCGCACUCACGAGGGACGUCUGAAGGCUGCUCACAACCUGGUGAAGCGCGGCAUCACCAACCUGUGUGUGAUCGGUGGAGAUGGGAGCCUGACGGGAGCCAACCUCUUCAGGGAGGAGUGGAGCGGACUGCUGGGAGAGCUGGUGGAGCAAGGUCUGAUCGAAGCUGAUGCUGUUCAGAAGUACUCGGCUCUGCACAUCGUGGGGAUGGUUGGCUCCAUCGAUAACGACUUCUGUGGAACGGACAUGACAAUCGGCACAGACUCUGCUUUACACAGAAUCAUCGAGGUGGUGGACGCAAUUAUGACAACUGCACAGAGUCACCAGAGGACAUUCGUGUUGGAGGUCAUGGGCAGACACUGUGGCUACCUGGCCUUGGUGAGCGCCCUGGCUUGCGGGGCAGAUUGGGUGUUGAUCCCUGAGAUGCCCCCAGAGGACGGCUGGGAGGAGAAGAUGUGUCAGAAACUGUCUGCGAACCGAGCAGGGAUGAAAAGGCUGAAUAUCAUAAUUGUAGCCGAAGGGGCGAUUGAUCAUAACAACAAGCCCAUUACCACUGACUAUAUUAAGAAUCUUGUUGUCAAGUGCUUGGGUUUCGACACACGAGUGACAAUCCUGGGGCACGUGCAGAGGGGAGGGACCCCAUCUGCUUUUGACCGCAUCCUGGCUAGUCGUAUGGGUGUGGAGGCAGUUCUUGCUCUUCUAGAGACCACAGCCAACACGCCAGCCUGUGUUGUCUCUCUGUGCGGGAACCAAUCGGUGCGCCUGCCUCUGAUGGAGUGUGUACAGAUGACCCAGGAGGUCCAGAAGGCCAUGGACGAGAAACGGUUUGAGGAGGCUGUGAAGCUUCGGGGCAGAAGUUUUGAAAACAACCUGAAGACAUACAAACUGCUGGCUCAUCGUAAACCAGAAUCUGAACUUCCAACUAGCAACUUCAACGUGGCGGUGCUGAAUGUCGGUGCUCCUGCAGCAGGUAUGAAUGCUGCCGUACGUUCAGCUGUCAGGGUGGGCAUCUCUGAGGGACACAAGAUGUUUGCUGUCAGUGAUGGGUUUGAGGGAUUCUACAAAGGACAGAUUAAGGAGAUUAAAUGGGCUGAUGUCGGAGGAUGGACGGGACAGGGUGGAUCUCUACUGGGAACCAAAAGAACUCUUCCUGCAAAGCAUGUUGACAAAAUUGCUGACCAGAUGCGAAAGCACAACAUAAAUGCUCUGCUAGUUAUUGGUGGAUUUGAGGCGUUUGAGAGUCUGCUGCAGCUGUAUGAGGCUCGCGCUACCUAUGAGGAGUUUUGCAUCCCGAUGUGUAUGCUGCCUGGAACCAUAAGUAACAAUGUACCGGGCACAGAUCUAAGUAUCGGGGCAGACACAGCCCUCAAUGCCAUCGUGGAGACUUGUGACCGCAUCAAGCAGUCAGCCAGUGGGACCAAGAGACGCGUGUUCAUCAUUGAGACCAUGGGAGGAUACUGCGGCUACCUGGCCAGUGUAGGAGGCCUGGCUGCUGGAGCGGAUGCUGCUUACAUCUAUGAGGAGCCAUUUGACAUCAGAGAUCUGCAGGCCAAUGUUGAACAUCUGACAGAGAAAAUGAAGACGAGCAUUCAAAGAGGACUGGUCCUCAGGAAUGAGAACUGUAAUGACAACUACACCACAGACUUCAUCUACCAGCUGUACUCUGAAGAAGGGAGGGGAGUGUUUGACUGCAGGAAGAAUGUGCUGGGACACAUGCAGCAGGGAGGAGCGCCGUCUCCGUUCGACCGUAACUUUGGGACUAAGAUCUCUGCCAAGGCGAUGCAGUGGAUUUCCAAAAAGCUGGUGGAGACGUUCAGACAAGAUGAAGGCCGAGUGUUUGCCAACACCGAGGACACCUGCUGUCUGCUGGGGAUGCGUCGCCGGGCUCUGGUCUUCCAGCCCGUUGUACAACUCAAGGAGGAUACUGACUUUGUUCACAGGAUCCCCAAGGAGCAGUGGUGGCUGAAGCUGCGUCCCCUCAUGAAGAUCCUGGCUAAGUACAAGACGAGCUAUGACGUCUCAGACUCCGGACAGCUGGAGCACGUUGUACGCAACCGGCCUAGAGAGUCAGACGCUUCAGUAGCCAUGUGAAGGCCCGCACUGUACGGUGGCCUGCAAAGUCCAGUCUGUGUGUAAGACUGAAGGUCUGUGAGGCGUCAGUUUGUGUGUUGUAAAAGAGCUCCAACGUCAACAGCCGUCUCUGUUUGGCCACAAACAGUGUUCAUUUCCUGUCUGUGUCAUCUCCCCCAUUGUCACUCCUCUCUGUUUUGUCUUGACAAACUCAUGAACUGUAACCUAGCCUCCGCAGCGCUCUUAAUACCAGACACACACAUAGUCCUGCGCAUACACAAACACACACACAUACACGUGUCCUGCCAUGCAUCUGUGUGUCCUUGUUGCCCUGGAUGUUUGGUGUCACCGUCGAUUUUAAAUUGCACUUUCUCUGUCUCCAGUUGCUUAGGCCGGCUCUGAGCCCAGAGCUGUACGAGGACAGAAUAGACACUGUAUCCGCUGUAAAAACCAGUGUGUGUAUCUGCCUAGAACCAGUGUGAGGUUCAGCAUAUUUAUGUAAGACUGAUGCAAUACAGUUCUACUGCUACAAGUCGAGAACUGCGUGCUGUGCUUUACACUGAAACUAAUAUUUAUCUUUUUAACAUUGUUUAUUAUUUUGCUUGUAAACAUGGUUAUAUUAACUGUAGGCACUGCUGCACUGAGUAGCUGUCUGUCAUAUUGCACCACCAAGUUAGAUGUGUAAGAGACUAAUGUUUCCCACAGAAUAAAAUCAGACUUGAGAAGUGUACCCUGCUGA